AGCUCCGCCCCAGGCCGGCACGCGGCACCGCGCAGGCGCGGCGGCCAUUUCCGACGCGGUGGUGAAGGCUCGGGCGCGGCCGCAGCGCCCGGUUCUUGCCCGCCGGCUGGGCCUCGCCGCCCCCCGCCCGGCCCAGCGGUUGCCUCCGGCCCGCCGCCCGGUGCCGGUUCCCGUGCCCUGUGCUCUCCUGCCGGCGCGCUGCCCUCUGCCCGCGGCGCGUCCCCGGCACCAUGUCUCGAAGAUAUGACUCCAGAACUACCAUAUUUUCUCCGGAAGAUUUUGUCACUGUCCCCUGAGAAUGGAUAAUAUCCUGCGAGUGCAGUCACGCCUCUCCUUGUUAUUCUUGCACAUGCUGAAACAAGUCGCCUGUACCAGGUUGAGUAUGCCAUGGAGGCCAUCGGCCAUGCGGGCACUUGCCUGGGAAUCCUAGCAAACGAUGGAGUUCUGCUGGCAGCAGAGCGGCGCAACAUUCACAAGCUGCUCGAUGAAGUGUUUUUCUCAGAGAAGAUAUACAAACUUAAUGAGGAUAUGGCAUGCAGCGUUGCAGGAAUAACUUCAGAUGCCAAUGUUCUAACAAAUGAGCUGAGACUGAUUGCACAGAGGUAUUUGUUACAGUAUCAAGAGCCUAUUCCUUGUGAACAACUAGUAACAGCACUGUGUGAUAUCAAGCAGGCUUAUACACAGUUUGGAGGAAAACGUCCUUUUGGUGUUUCAUUGCUCUAUAUUGGCUGGGAUAAGCAUUAUGGAUUUCAGCUGUACCAAAGUGAUCCUAGUGGAAAUUAUGGAGGGUGGAAAGCCACAUGCAUUGGAAAUAAUAGUGCUGCAGCUGUGUCAAUGCUGAAGCAAGACUACAAAGAAGGGGAAAUGACCUUAAAGACUGCCCUGGCGUUGGCCAUUAAGGUUCUAAACAAGACCAUGGAUGUCAGCAAGCUCUCUGCUGAGAAAGUUGAAAUUGCAACACUGACAAGAGAGAACGGAAAGACAGUAAUAAGGGUUCUGAAGCAAAAGGAGGUGGAACAAUUGAUAAAACAACAUGAGGAGGAGGAAGCAAAAGCUGAACGUGAAAAGAAGGAGAAAGAACAAAAAGAGAAGGAUAAAUAGAAUAUGAAAUCAAGUGUUCUCUAGAUAAUAAAGGACCUGCUUCAGCAAAAGAUAAUCUGGAUUUUUGUGCUGUAGAAGCCUACAGCUAUGCCAUGGAGGACCCAGAAGUACCUUUGAUGAACCAGGUCCUUAGUCAUGAUUUAGAUAAUUAGUUUACUGCUCCUUACAUUGACCAAUAAUUGCUUUAAUUCUUGAACACUCUUUCUUUCAUCUUCUAUUUUUUAUUAUGGAAUAAAAUUUAAGAAGAAUA